CUUCAAACUCGCUCAUACUGUCUUCCAAAAUGAAUUCAAAUGAAUGAAAUUGUUUCACAGUAGAUUUCUAACUUAGUUGAUAAAUAAUAUUUCGACAUUAACUACGUACGGAUUUACUGGAGUUCGUUGCCGUUUCCAUGUUGGCGAUUUUGCUAACUGCUUGCUGUAGUUAGCUAGCUAUCGUUACCUAGCUUAACUGUCAGUGAGCGUUGGCUCAAAACAUUGAUUUGUACCAUUUGUCUGGUAUAUUAAACUGUACUGACAGAGUAAAAAUGGCUAUGUACUCGAUUGUUGGACUGUCAUUUGCUGUACAACCUAGAGGAAUCAGCUAGCCGAACUUUGGCUUAACAUUAGCCGUUAGCAGCUCUGCUCUGCAGCGUCAGUUUGAGGUUGUUGUCGGUGUACUUAACAGCGCUGAAAGAUUUCAAGAUGACAGCAGCUAAGGGCUACAAAAGACAAAGAUAAUGCGAACUAUGACCGUCUAUGUUAUUUAACUGUAUUGGGUGCGUUUGAUAACAUGAAUAUCGUUAAUGUCAGAAGCCACGCUUGCUAACUUCACCAUAACUCAGAAUGCCUCUAAAAUUAAUAAGCAUGCUUCCAUGGGCUUGUUCAUCAUCUAUUGUGUUCCGGUGUUGAAUCACACGCUUUUGAAAUUGAACAAUAGUAGAUUGCUCUUUAAUGUUAAAAUGAAAGCCUGUGUCUUAAAGACAAAAACAAUUACGGAGACGUGGUGGGCCUUACUGCUGCUGUCCCUGUUGCCUGCCGUCAAGCCUUUCUAUGUUCCUGGAGUCGCUCCCCGGGACUUCCAUGAGGGUGACACAGUAGAUCUUAAGGCAGUGAAGCUGACCAGCUCCCGCACCCAGCUUCCUUAUGAAUACUACUCUCUGCCUUUCUGUAAGCCAGAAUCAAUUUUCUACAAGGGAGAGAACCUGGGUGAGGUAUUACGUGGGGACCGUAUUGUGAACACCCUCUACAAUGUCGAGAUGAACAAGGACAGGAAAUGUGAGAUGGUAUGCAACAAGAAAAAGCUCAGCGUAGAAGAGAGCAAGCUGGUUGCUGAGCGAAUCCAGGAGGAGUAUUAUGUGCACCUUAUUGCAGAUAACCUGCCAGUUGCCACCAGGUUAGAGUUUUACCCUAACAGGGAGGCAGCAGUGGAGGAGGAGCAGAAGAAGGACGUGGUGAAAGAUAUCCAGUUUGAACACGGCUACAGACUGGGCUUUGUCGACAACAACAAGUUUUAUCUGCACAACCACCUGUCCUUCAUCCUGUACUUCCACAGGGAGAAGCUGGAGCAAGGGGAAGUUCACAACUACAGGGUGGUGCGAUUUGAGGUGGUACCCCAAAGUGUAAAAGUAGACGAUCUGAAGGCUGUGGAAAAGGAGAAGACUUGCACCUUGCCUGAGGCCAGUGGUUCUGCCCCACAGGAGAUUGACCCGACUAAGGAAAACGAGGUCCUCUUCACCUACUCUGUCCACUGGGAGGAGAGUGAGGUGAAGUGGGCGUCUCGAUGGGACACGUACCUGACCAUGAGCGAUGUCCAAAUUCAUUGGUUCUCCAUUGUCAACUCUGUGGUGGUCGUCUUCUUCCUGUCUGGUAUUCUGAGUAUGAUCAUUAUCCGGACCUUGAGGAAGGAUAUUGCGAACUACAACAGAGAGGAUGACAUAGAGGACACCAUGGAGGAGUCAGGAUGGAAGAAUGUUCACGGUGAUGUCUUCAGGCCGCCUCAGUAUCCCAUGAUCCUCAGCUCUCUGCUGGGCUCAGGGAUCCAGCUCUUUUGCAUGAUCCUCAUUGUCAUCUUUGUUGCCAUGCUGGGCAUGCUGUCUCCAUCCAGUAGAGGAGCCUUGAUGACCACUGCUUGCUUCCUCUUCAUGUUCAUGGGUGUGUUUGGUGGCUACUUCGCUGGCAGACUGUACCGCACACUGAAGGGCCAUCGGUGGAGGAAAGGAGCAUUUUGUACGGCAACCUUGUAUCCCGCCGUGGUUUUUGGAAUAUGCUUCAUUCUCAACUGUUUUAUCUGGGGAGAACACUCCUCUGGGGCAGUUCCCUUCACCACGAUGCUGGCCCUGCUGUGUAUGUGGUUCGGUAUCUCCAUGCCCUUGGUCUACCUGGGCUACUACUUUGGCUUCCGCAAGCAGCCAUAUGAUAACCCAGUACGCACCAACCAGAUCCCUCGGCAAGUCCCAGAGCAGCGCUGGUACAUGAACAAGUUUGUAGGAAUCCUGAUGGCCGGGAUCCUGCCGUUUGGUGCCAUGUUCAUCGAGCUCUUCUUCAUUUUCAGUGCCAUCUGGGAGAAUCAGUUCUACUACCUCUUUGGCUUCCUGUUUCUGGUCUUCAUCAUCUUGGUGGUCUCCUGCUCUCAGAUCAGCAUUGUAAUGGUUUAUUUCCAGCUCUGUGCAGAGGACUAUCGGUGGUGGUGGAGAACUUUCCUGGUUUCAGGAGGCUCAGCGUUCUACGUCCUCAUUUACGCCAUCUUCUAUUUUAUCAACAAGCUGGACAUUGUGGAGUUCAUCCCCUCCCUCUUGUACUUCGGCUACACCGCCCUGAUGGUCCUGUCCUUCUGGCUGCUCACGGGCACGAUCGGCUUCUACGCAGCCUACAUGUUCAUCAGGAAAAUCUAUGCUGCAGUCAAGAUCGACUGAGUGGUCACUGUCGCUGCUGUUCUCGGUGUUUUUUGGUUGUUUCUUUUGUCACAUUCUGUUUUUUUAAUGUAUAUAUUUUUUAUUCAUGUCCAACAAGCACUGACUUGUGUGUAGAGGGAACGAGAUGGGUGCUUGUUAUGGCGCAGCAGCCCCACCCACUGGCCUCAUGGGGAAGAACAGCAAGGUGGCAGAGCUAAACCAGCCGUCUCUCUCUCUCCUUUCUCACUUUCUUUUUCGCUUCUACCCCCUCUGCUCUUUCCAGGACAGAGACUCGGAGAGCAUUCUCCUCUGAUGGGACACUUAAUGUCUCCUGCUGUUUCACCUUGCACACAACACAGUGGGCCAAAGCUUGUUAAACAACAGUUUCUGCACGUUUGUUUUGUCUUUUUGUUUGUUGAGUCUAACUUAUCCAGGUUUUUAUUUUUUGUCACCAGGAUUUAUCCCUGACCUAAUUUCUUUUAAUCAUCCUCUGCAAAGCUAUUUGGUUUCAUUUCCUUCCAUGAGUUCUGUCUUUACUCUUUCCAUUGUCUCUGUUUCCAAAUGUCACUUUGGUUUCCUUUCAGAGACUUUGAGAUGAGGGACGGGUUGUGGAGUCUGACUGUGGUUAUGGUGUUGACUUUGUUGUGUUGAACUGAUGCGGAUGGAAAUGAUGCUGGGGAGUUCUACAUUGUAACACAAGAAAGGAUCAAUUAAAUGUUCUAUUAUUUUUACCCCAGUUUCCAUAUCCUGGUGUGACCAUGUUAACCACAACUGUAAUUGAGAUAUUCGCUUCUCAUUCCAAAACAAUGAGUCUCUUUUAUAAAUGUCAAAAAUAUUGGUCCAUUUGUUCUAAAUGAUGCGGAGCAGCUCUCAACGGGACUAUGAACCCGAUGCUCCGCAGCGGUGGACUGUUGGGUGAAGCCACUGGAGUUGGAGAAAAUAAAAAAGUACAGUCAACACAAAAAUAACACGGACGAGUAACCUUUUGUAUUUGGAAGUCUACAACACAGAUGUGUUUGAAGCUUUUCCAGUAGAAACGUACAAAGAAAAAGUCCAAAUGGUCCGCUCGUCAACCAUGCCGUGAGUGUAGCCUUAGCAGUGCACCAAGCCUGCUGAACUAUGCAGUAAUACAAAGAGAAUUGUUUGUGAAGGUUAGACUGUAUCAAAGGACCAUUUUUGUUGAGAAAUGAUGCCUCGUUUCUUUAAGUUUGAAUCUAAUGUAUGAUACAUUUUUGUGUAAUAAUAUGAAAGGCAGCAGGAUGACCUCUGUGUGUUUCUACCCACAGUGGUGGACAACAUUCUGACGGUGCUUAGCUGUCGUGGGUUGCAGUGCGUCGACAUGUAAUCCGGUGUUCUUCAUAGAUCUGUAUAGUAAUAAUGUAUUCUUCCCUUUUCAAAGGACAUUUUUGGGGUGACAAAUGUGUUUUUUAUUUUUGCGUUUCAUCAGAUUUUUCAGCUAAAAAAAACCUUAAAAUUGCAUUUAGAGCGGAGGUGGAACCUGACGUUUAGUUUGACCACUCCAGCUAAGUGCUUCCCAUGGACAACCAAUGUGUUUUACUUUAGCUAAAUGACACGAUAUAUAUUAAUCACAUUGCAUUGUAAUCAUUAAAGGAAUAGUUUGACGUUUUGUGAAAGACACUUCUUGGCUCUCCUGCUGAGAGUUGGUUGAGAAGAUGGAUAGAAAUGUGAAGCGACAACCAGCAGCUGAGUUUAACAGCUUCGAUGUUCUAUCCUGAUGCUAAGCUAACCGACUGCUAGAGGUAGCUUCAUAUAUUCUUCAUAUCUAACUGUAUUUCCCAAAAUGACCAAGUAUUUCUUUAAACACAGCCUCAACAUGGUUGUAACCCUCUAAUAUAUCUCAAGCACACAACAGUUAAGGCUCUCUGCUGCCCUGCAGUGACACCAGUCCAUCAGAACACUGUCAUAUCAUUACAAUGUAGUUCAUGUGGGAUGUUAGGGGCCAGAUUUUAAUCCUCACAGGAGAUACAUCUUCAUCAAGCAUCACAAGCUCCUAAACAAAUCUUCAAAAAUGAACGAAAACUUAAACUCUCACAGCAUGCAGGGCACGCUGAGCCCUUUGGGUGAAUAUUUAUUGUAGUCCAUCACAGCUUUCAAAAAUGUAAGUGUGUUAGGUGCCUCGAUCAGCCCUGAUUCUCCAAGAGCAAAGCGGCAGAAUGCCUCAUCCUCCUCAUUAUAGUCAACUCGACACUUGUUAAGCUACGAAUGAGCCGUUAGUAGAGAGCGAGGCGAGCCAAAGUUAAGUUACCCCUGCCACUUGCUGCGGGACAUGACUGCUCAGUAAAGCCCCUGAGGUUUCCUUAAUCCCUCAGACACUGGGAUAGUGUCUCCUGCUUACUGUAUUAAAGAGUUACUGAGCGCUGACACUUGGCUGCUGUCUUAUGUAAAGGCAGACGGGCACUCCUCUCCUGCUGUGGAAGUGCACAUGCCAGGGGAGAUUUUUUUACACGUAGACUUUUAAAAAGUCCCGGAUCAUGCGUACGUAUGUAUGAUUGAAGGGUUUACAAUGUAAAUAAAAGAAAAACGGCUUUGUAUUUGUUGCGUUUCGCUGUUUGUGGCACUCUCUGUAACAAUCCUGUCAUUGUUUUAGCCAAAAGCAUGACGCUCAUGAUGACUCAAAAGGAACUUGUUUCUCUUACUUUUCUCUUUGCUUCUUUUACAGAAUGUCCAAUUACAAGAUGUACAAUGACAAAACAAUAAAGUGAUGACAAGUUGAAUAUGAA